AUGUCCGCCCCCGCCCAAAAUGAUGACGGGCCUACCGACACCUCGCCGGCCACUAGCGCGGAGACAAGCCCACCUGAAAAAGCACCGCCAGUCACCAAACCGCGUCGCAAACUUCCCGGAUGGCUGGAUCAUUUCAAUGCGCGCGACUUAAAAGUGCUGUUUCGAUGCACUGUAGCAGUAUGGGUCGCAUCGCUGUUGGUCUUGAUCGGCCCAUCCCUGCGCGAGAUCGGGACCGCGACUUUCUUUGCAACACUCGUGCUUUUCAUGGUGCCGCCGACCGGCAUUGUAUUCAUCUUCAUUUUGGGAACGCUGACGCUCAUCUUGGGAAUGGCUACCGGAUGGGCAUGGGGCGUUAUCUCUAUGAAGGCCGCCCAGGCGGCACGACCUGCAGCUGAAACCCAGGCUAGAUUGCAAGCGCUGGGUCAACAGGCGUACAGUCAAGCCAACUCAACAGGCCAAAGCCUUGCAGCUGUCGAACAGGUACUCGUCUACAGUGGCUUCAUGCUAGAUGCGCGCGUCACUGCAGCCCGAUUCCGAACCAAGAAUCCUAAAUUCAUCUUGUUCCAGAUCUUUGGUACUAUCAUUAUGGACAUUUUCUUGACUAUUGGCCCAUUACUUCCUUCGUUUCAGGGAACCAUUGCCAAGGUAUUAAUUGAGCCUGCCGCCAUUGGAAUUGGUAUUGGACUGGCUUGUCAACUACUCUUAUUCCCGAAAUCCACUUCUUCCACUGUUCUCGAUGGAUUUGAGGGCCUUACGCGGCUGAUUAAAGGCCCAUUGGAUGUGACCGCUGGCAAUCUCUUUGAGGAUGAAACACCUGCAAUGGCGGAUCUGAUUAAGCUGAAAAUGAAGGCGAUCGAUACAUACAAAAAGAUCAUGCCCGGGCUUGGAUUCCUUCAGCUAGACUUUUCUGUCGGUCGGUGGAAUGCUGAUGAUGUCAAGAGUUUACAGGAGCCCAUACGACAAGCUGCGCUCACUUCCUUGUCACUAUUGGAAUUCCACAUUGCACGCAUCGGAGGCGAGGAGAAGGUUGAAAAGCUUCGUGAAAUCUUGGUUGACAACGAGCAUUUCUCGAGAGAUGAGGAUGAUGAAAAGCGGCCGCGCUCAGCUGGCAUGCGACAGCUGAUGGAAAGCGUUCGUCUUGUGCGAGCGUUUCGAACUCCUGAACAUGAAGCUCUUCGAUUAGAAAUGUUUGAGGCAAUUCGAACCCCCAGUAGGAAGAUCCUACCAAUCUGUCAAGAAGCCGCUACUGCCGUUGCUGAUGCCAUCCACUCCGUCAAUUCUUCUCGUUGGUUUGGACGCCCGACAAAACAGCUAAUGGAUGAGAACACUGCACACCUUAAGUCAAUCUUGGACACACUCAAGGCUAAGCGCUUGGCCUUUGCUUCCGAGUUCACAGAAAGUCUCAUUCAGACCAAUGCGGAUAUCUUUGAUGAAACUGGCAAACUGAAGAACCUUGAGGAUACAACGAUGCAUCGAGUGCGAGGAAUUUCACUUGCCAUGGUUUUCGAAGAACAUCUUCUCGGCGUGGCUGGGGCUUGGGAACGGGUACUGGAACAAAUCGUCGCUCUCAUGACAGAACGCCAGAAGACUCGUCUUUGGCUCCCCAAGGGUCUGCGAUAUGCUGUGUACUGGGUUCUCCGAAAGAACAGCGUCGCACCUGUUAUUGUGAAUCAGACAUCUGUUGCUGAUCCCGAUGAUGUGGAGGCCCAGUCUAAAGCAGCUCAGCAAAGUCUCCGCAUAAGUCGGGGAUACCGAGUUAAAAAGCGCAGCGGUCUUGGACGCGCGAUCAUUGGCACCCACCACUGGCUCAUCAACGCAGACGGUAUGUAUGCUCUGCGCAUGGUAAUUGUUACCAUUGCUCUUGGUAUCCCUGCGGCCAUUCCAUCUAGUGCAGGCUUCUAUUACCGUGAAAAGGGCCUUUGGGCACUGAUCAUGGGACAAACUACCCUCGUUGUAUACAUGUCAGAUUUUAUACUCUCAUUGGUCUCGCGUACCAUCGGAACCAUCGUCGGUGGUGUGGCCGGUCUGGUGGUUUGGUACGUUGGCUCCGGCAAUGGAUAUGGUAACCCUUACGGCCUUGCAGCAGCAUUGGCUGUAGCCUUCACCAUGUUGAUGUGGGGACGCAUCUUCUUACCUGUGGCUGUUUUACAAGCUGCGAUGAUGGGCGGUGCAACCUUUGUCCUUGUCGUCGGAUACAGCUACGAUGAUACGCAUAUUGCGUCAUAUGGAAACCCCGGCUAUGGAUAUAGUGUUUUCUGGCGACGACUUGUUCUUGUUCUUGUCGGGUCCGCUGCCGCUUUGAUCGUCCAGAUCCUCCCUCGCCCACCAUCCGCAUCGCGACACAUCUGCAAAUCGCUCUCAAAUAUCAUUCGCUCACUAUCUGACCACUACGCCUUACUUCUUUCUUGCUGGGGCAAACCUGACCGCGUCGAAGGUCUCAUAGCCGAAGAACUCGCAUUCAAUACGGCUGGUACCCUCAGUGCGCUUGACGGACCGGUCGCGCUUCUGAAGCUGGAAUUCUCCAGCUCCCCCUUCGACAGCGAGCGUCUCGGGCAAGUCAAGUCCCUCUGCCAAGAACUAAACCAGAAUCUCGCCCGUCUGCUAUUUCUAUCCACCUCGUUGCCUGAGCACUUCCAAACGCGUCUGGCAACCGGCUCCGGCCUCCUCGAUCACCGUAAUAUCGGUGAAAUUAUGGCUGUCCUGGGAAUUGUGGAGCAGGCCCUCAAAACUGGAGAUCCUUUGCCAGAGGUUCUGCCUACGCCUCUGCUUAAGCGGUGCUUUGAAUUCUGGCAGACGCACCAGCAGGAGAUUACCUUGACAACGGAUCUUAUACGCGAUGAGGACUAUCGCAAGUUCUGUGUGGCUAUUAGCUCGUACCUCAAGGUCUUGGCUGCGGUUGAUGAUCUUGUGCUUGUGAUGAAGGGCACGUUGGGUGAAUCCCAUAUACUUAUGCAGAUGACAAAAGGGGUUCGGAAUGCUCCAGGUCAUUUCUAUUACGAGACCAAAAUCGCCGCCCCACACCAUCUCCGCACUUGCCCCAUGCCGCCUUCACGCCUUUCACGCCUCCCGCGGUGGAUUAGCCACUGGCUCGGCUACCGUCCCGAGACUCCGAAGCCAUUAGGAACAUACCAAAUAGCCGCAUGGUCCUUCAUUAUAGCUUUCUGCGGCCUCUCGGUACUCCAAGGAAUCUUCAAUUAUUCCGAUUACUUCACCUCACGCCACGUCCCAGGCAUCGUCGCCUCAUAUGGAGCAUCGGCAGUCCUUGUAUUCGGUGCCAUUGAAAGUCCUCUAGCCCAACCACGCGCCUUGAUUUUCGGCCACUUCUUCAGCGCGUUGAUCGGCAUCUGUAUUACCAAGCUCUUCAGCCUUAUGCCAGACCAAGCGCGAUUCGAAUCACUGCGAUGGCUCGCGGCCUCAUUGUCUACCGCCACCGCCAUCGUUGUCAUGCAGCUUACUGGGACGACGCAUCCGCCUGCUGGCGCGACUGCGCUGCUUCCGGCUACCAAUGAUGAGAUUUGGGAACUCUCGUGGUAUUUCUUGCCUGUGGUUCUACUCUCCUCGACCAUGCUUAUGUGCUGCGCCUUGUUGUUGAAUAAUCUGCAGCGCCGGUAUCCCGUCUUUUGGAUUGCGCCUUCUCCUCCACCUAAACCUGCGCCUGCGCCAGAGCCAGAGCCAGCUCCGAAGUCAUCUGCUGAUGCUUCGUCGCUGCAGAAAAACUUGCCUAGAGACUCCGUUUAA